AUGAACCGCCGGGUCCACCGAGUUGUGCAGGUUUCAUGUGCUGGCCAAUGGCAUGCACUUAGAUGGCCACAGAUGCUCGACGGUUUGAACAGAGCGUCGACGGAGCGUCGACAAGGCAGCAAAAAGAUUACGAGUCAAGGCUUAGAACCUAAAACACACCCCAAAGCGCCUAAAUCCAGCGAAAUAUGCCCUCUAAUUUCACAAUUGCGCAUUGAAUAUGAUCCAUGGAGACCGUAUCCGGUUUUAGUAAUUUACCGUAUUAGGAAAAACAAAAAUUUGGUUUCCGGAAGCACGCGUCGUUGGGAUCAAAUUUACACGCGUCAGGGAGACGUCGGCGGUGCAACUAUUGCGGUGCACGAACCACAACAUCUAAAUCUGUGCUAG